AUGAUCAAGCCCAAAGAUACUCUCAUUUCUCCCACUCAACCCACUCGCACCACCAGAGAAAACAGAAUCACAUUCAAUACUCAGGACCUUGGAUUGUCCCCAGCGCACCAGUCUACACAGGGAUGUUUCCCCUCCCCCUUACAGCAAAGCUAUGCCGCUGUCGUCGCUUCGCCAAGCUAUGCCGCUGUCGUCGCUUCUGGCAAGGUUGCCAAUUCUUCAGCGGCGAAGCGCACCAAUUUCUCUGUUUGUCGGCCUGGCUCUACUCCUGAGACUUCAUACACAUCUGAACUUGCUUCUUCUGCCAAAAACAAGCUCCAGAAGGCCGUCAAUGCAGUUGCUGCCGCCGACAGAUCGAUGCAAUUCGCUGUUGUCAAAUCGAUUGUUUCUCAUUGUACUCAAGGAUACUCUUUUGUGCCCCCCCUGCCUUCAGAUACCAAAGUUUCUCGGUCUCCAGCCAACAAAAUGAAAAUAAAACUCAUUGCUUGUGAAAACAUUCAAAUAGGCUCUGGAACAUCUCUUCGACGCUCUUGCCGCCUCGCUGCAGUUGCCACUGGAAAGCUACAUGAAAUCAGGACUCCAGUAAUUUCCACCCACCCGAAUAAUGACGAGGCUUUUGAGACAUUUUCCUCCAAUGUGCCCAGUUCCGACUUGACUAGUAUCAACGAGGAGACCGACAGCAUUCUUGUAGCAAGAUCGGACCGAUCUUCAUCCCUCUCCGAUUCGCCGAGUAUUGAGGAAGAUACCAAAAACACUCAGCCAAUGCCAUCUCUUCAACCCAAAAAGAGAAAGCGCCGAAGGGCAAGGUUGGACAAAUGA